AUGAAAUCGUUAUCAGUUGGCACCGUCUUCGCAACAUACAAACAUGGCGACACUGAAUUUUCUGAUGUAUUCAGUUUUUGUAUGGUCUUGUUUAUGUAUUUACGUCAGCAAAGGAAAAGAUGUUGACAAGCGCUUUAUGUUUGGUAACCAAUACCACUGGGGUCAAUGGAAUGCUUACACGACGUGUGAUGACUGUAUCAAAGGAAGCAAGACACGUCAGCGUUAUUGUUACGAUGGCAACAAUCAGUACGUGCACGGAAGUUUCUGUAACGACUACGCUAUUGAGUUUACUCCCUGUCUACCGGGUGACUGCAAUAAUAAUGCUUGUGUGGACACAUACACACAAGGGUGCCAGUUUUCAUACUGCAGAGAUUAUGCAGAAUGGACGAAGACGUAUUGUAAAAAGACAUGCGGAUUAUGUUCCACUGCGCCAGUUAUAAACGGAAAUUGGGGAGCCUGGAGUCGGUACAGCGCAUGCAGCCACUCAUGCGGGACAGGAACAAUGACACGCUACAGAAACUGUAACAACCCGCCUCCUUCCGUAGGUGGAUACGGUUGCAGUGGCAUCAGUCAACAGACAGCAGCCUGCAACAUCCGUCCGUGCUCAGUCGAUGGUGCUUGGAGUGGAUGGACCACGUGGUCUACAUGUUCUCAAACAUGUGGCAUUGGAGUUAUAUCACGGGACCGGGCAUGCAACAAUCCAGUGCCUUCUGGGAGUGGAGCGUCAUGUUCCGGUAAUCACACGGAGACGCACGAAUGCAGCGAAGGACCAUGUUCCGAAUGGUCUCAUUGGUUUGAAGGAGACUGUUCUACAUCUUGUGGUAAUGGAACUAUGGAACGACUACGUCACUGCAGCACAGGCCGGGAUACAGACUGUACUGGCGUAGCCUAUGAGAUGGUUCCCUGUACAAAUGUUGAAUGUAUAUAAAAUAAAUCUGACACCAGA